GGGGGAUCGGUUUAGGUAUCCAUUUUACUACAACACUUGUUGCUUGAUCAGUGUCACAGUGCGUUACUUUAAGCAGUUGCAAUAAGACGUGAAAAUUUCCGAUUUUUUAAGUUAUAAAAUAUUUAGAAGAAGCAAAUAUGGGCAAUCCAAUCUGGUUUAUUUUUUGGUUUUUGGUAUUUUGGUUCAUCUCGUUCUUUUUAGCUUUCUUCUGUGCUGGCGUAUACAUAAUUUUGCUAAUCUUUGUGGUUUGUUUCCCCGGUUUAUCGUCCAUUACCGAUAUUUUACUGCAGUGUAUACAAUUCCCCCAGUAUUGUGCCAAGGCUAUGAUGGAAUGCAAGUCACCCUUCUAAAUUGUUGAAUUUUCUUUGUUCAAUAAUUUUUGUUUAA